AGCUAUCUUUUAGCAGACCUAAUAUAAAUCUGAUGCGGGAGUUUUCUUUUAACUUCUGAAGAAGUCUUUAUAAAUACUAUAACGUCUAAACUUGGAAGCAUGCUAUCAAAAGUAAUUUCUCAUGCAAGCAGGAAUCACACUGGCUUGCGAGUUGCGACUAUAACAUCAACUGCCAUUAUUAUACUUGACCAGAAACGCUUUAUCUGGAACUUACUCUGCUCCCCAGAGGUCUGCCAGCUCAGCUGCUUUUUGGUUGGGGAUCCUGCUGUAAUUCGAGAUAAAGGAGGCUAUUUUCUACUUCCUAGGGCUGAUGUCAUGAAAUUAAGAGAUCGUUUGAGAAAUGAAGAAUUGGCUGCUGGAUCUCUUAUGUCUAGGUUGAGAAAUAAGACCCUGCGGCACGAAGCUAUAACUGAUAUAGGUCACAAAAGAGAAAUGUGUGCUCAUGCCAGAAUACUAGCUCUGGAAGAAGCAAUUGACACUGAAUGGGUUUACAUGUGGGAUAAGUUUGGUGGUUAUUUACUUCUUUUACUUUGUUUGACGGCUAAAGCUGAACGUGUACAGCUGGAGUCGGGACCAGUUUGUCUCUUGGGUUCUGAAUUGCAGAAGAAGAUAUGCUGGGAGUUUCUUGUUGCUGGGUCUGAGGAAGGCAUUGAAGCUGGACAAGUUGGACUUAGAUUAAUUACCAAGGGCGAUAGACAAACUACAGUCUCAAAGGAGUGGAGUGUAGGUGCGAGCAACAUUGCUGAUGGAAGGUGGCAUAUAGUUACAUUGCCUGUAGAUGCUGAUUUAGGUGAAGUAUCUUGCUAUCUAGAUGGUAAUUUUGAUGGCUAUCAGACAGGGCUACCACUGCAUAAUGGUAGUUGCGUAUGGGAGCAAGGAACAGAGGUUGUUGCUGCAUGGAUGAGGCCCAUUGAAAUAGUUGAAGAGAAUCAGCUCUUUUCUGGUCCGUGCCUGUUUUCUGGAGCAGCAAAUUCUUCAGAUGUUUGCCAGGGACGACUGGGUGAUUGUUGGUUUCUGAGUGCAGUUGCUGUUUUAACUGAGGUUUCACAAAUAUCGGAAGUUAUAAUUACACCUGAAUACAAUGAGGAAGGAAUAUACACAGUUCGUUUCUGUAUCCAGGGGGAAUGGGUUCCUGUUGUUAUGGAUGAUUGGAUUCCCUGUGAGUCACCUGGUAAACCUGCAUUUGCCACCAGCAGGAAGAAAAAUGAAUUGUUGGUCUCUAUCUUGGAAAAAGCUUAUGCUAAGCUUCAUGGUUCAUAUGAGGCAUUGGAAGGUGUACUUGUCCAAGAUGCUCUUGUUGAUGUCACUGGGGGCGCGGGUGAGGAAAUUGAUAUGAGAAGUACUGAAGCACAGAUCGAUCUUGCUAGUGGAAGGUUAUGGUCUCAAGUGUUACGGUUCAAUCAAGAAGGUUUUCUACUUGGUGCUGGUAUUGCUUCAGGAGCUGUAGCUGUUCUUCUUUUGUUGGCUGUUGGGUUGCUCUGUGCAUAUGAACUCUGUGCGGUGUAUGUCACAGCUGGUGUGAGUGCAUCUGAGAGAUAUUCACCUUCUGGUUUUUUCUUUGGAGUGUCAGCAUUCGCUUUAGCCAUCAACAUGCUCUUUAUUUGCAGAAUGGUUUUUAAUGGAAUCACACUGGCUUGCGACUAUAACAUCAACUGCCAUUAUUAUACUUGUGGUGCAUUUCUUUUGCUUUAUGGCGUUGCAUUAGCUAUUGAAGGAUGGGGUGUAGUUGCAAGUUUGAAAAUCUAUCCCCCUUUUGCUGGAGCUGCUGUUUCAGCAAUUACCCUUGUCGUAGCUUUUGGAUCCGCUGUCUCUCGCCCUUGUUUGACUCUCGAGACCAGAAACGCUUUAUCUGGAACUUACUCUGCUCCCCAGAGGUCUGCCAGCUCAGCUGCUCUUUUGGUUGGGGAUCCUGCUGUAAUUCGAGAUAAAGGAGGCAGUUGUGUACUUCCUAGGGCUGAUGUCAUGAAAUUAAGAGAUCGUUUGAGAAAUGAAGAAUUGGCUGCUGGAUCUCUUAUGUCUAGGUUGAGAAAUAAGACCCUGCUGCACGAAGCUAUAACUGAUAUAGCUGAACGUGUACAGGAUGAGGUUCGUUUAAGACUUUUCCUCGACAGCAUAGGAUUGCCUGAUCUCAGUGCUAAGGAUAUCAAAAAGUGGCUACCAGAGGAACAUAGGCGAUUUGAACUUAUACAAGAGAGUUAUAUAGGAGAGAAAGAGAUGGAAGAAGAAAUAUUGAUGCAGAGAUGCGAAGAGGAAGGAAGGGGUAAAGAGAGGAGGAGAGCUCUUCUGGAGAAAGAAGAACCCAAAUGGAAAGAGAUAGAAGCUUCUCUUAUAUCAUCUAUUCCCAAUGCUGGCAACAGAGAAGCAGCUGCUGUUCGUGCAGUUGGAGGUGAUUCAGUUUUUGAUGAUUCUUUUGCUCGUGAUAGAGUUUCAAGCAUUGCACGCCGCAUACGGGCAGGCCAGUUAUCUCGGCGAGCACUCCAGGUGCUCCUUUUACCUUCGAUAGUAGUCUAUUCCCCAAGGGGGUUACCUGUGUAUGUGUACGAUGCACAUGCAGAUUGUGCGAAAAACGUCAGUGGUGCAUUUCUUUUGCUUUAUGGCGUUGCAUUAGCUAUUGAAGGAUGGGGUGUAGUUGCAAGUUUGAAAAUCUAUCCCCCUUUCGCUGGAGCUGCUGUUUCAGCAAUUACCCUUGUCGUAGCUUUUGGAUUCGCUGUCUCUCGCCCUUGUUUGACUCUCGAGACCAAAAACGCUUUAUCUGGAACUUACUCUGCUCCCCAGAGGUCUGCCAGCUCAGCUGCUCUUUUGGUUGGGGAUCCUGCUGUAAUUCGAGAUAAAGGAGGCAAUUUUGUACUUCCUAGGGCUGAUGUCAUGAAAUUAAGAGAUCGUUUGAGAAAUGAAGAAUUAGCUGCUGGAUCUCUUAUGUCUAGAGAAGCAGCUGCAGUAGCAGCUGCUGUUCGUGCAGUUGGAGGUGAUUCAGUUUUUGAUGAUUCUUUUGCUCGUGAGAGAGUUUCAAGCAUUGCACGCCGCAUACGUGCAGGCCAGUUAUCUCGGCGAGCACUCCAGCGGGCAUCUGAGAGGAUGCGCAUGCGCAGCUCCGUCUCGCCAUCGAAGAAGACAUCCAUCCAUCCAUCUGCAACAAUUGACUUGGAAGAUGUGAGAGAGAUGAAGGGGAUCGAAGAUGAUAGAGGAAUAUGAAGCAAAUUGGAGAUGAUAGAGGAGGAUGAAGAGGAGUCAGAGAUAAAGCUUUGAGGAAUCGGAGAAGAAGAUAAAGCCUAAAGGGGAAAAUGAAGGUGAUGAUAGAUGAGAGAGGAAGAGGAAGGGGAAUUAGAGAGGAAGAAGAAGAGAAUCAGGGACGAUGAAGGGCUGAAGGAGAGUAUAAUUAAAUGGAUCUUCCAAAG